AAAUAAUACAUAGAGGUGAAAUCUUUUGAUGUUUUUCUUUGUUGUUUUGUUCUUGGAACAGGACAAAUUGAGGUAUGAUACAUAGAUGGGGAGGAAAGGGAAUUGGUUUUCUUCCAUAAAGAAAGCUUUCAGCCCAGAGUCCAAGGAAAAGAAAGCCCAGAAAUCAAAUAAAUCAAAGAAGAAAUGGUUUGGGAAGGAAAAAUCGUCUGUUCCUGAUUCCUCGCCUUCAGAAACUCUUACUGUGCCUCAUCCUCUUCCUCCACCAGAAGAUGUGAAAUUGAUUGAAGCAGAGGAUGAACAAACUAAACAUGCUUACUCUGUUGCAGUUGCCACUGCUGUGGCAGCCGAGGCUGCUGUUGCAGCUGCUCAAGCUGCAGCAGAGGUUGUUAGACUCACUACCGUGAAUCAGUUCACAGGCAAACCGAAGGAGGAAGUGGCAGCAAUCAAAAUUCAAACAGCAUUCCGGGGAUACCUGGUAUGCCUCUUUUUAAAUACAUAAAAUUGCAAAUUGUUU